GCAGUCAGCAGGCAGACAGUACAGACAAGCAGCACUACAGAGUACAGGCAGAACUUGCACAGGCUCAGUGCCACUUGUUUUUGAGAUGUCAUUGAAGCAUCUGGUACCAUCAGAUAGAUUCCAACACUCUGCAAGCACUAUGGUAUAUGCAGUUGAUUAUAUUUUGUAACUCCGGUCAGGUAGCGGCGUAUCGAUUGUUUUAUUUAGUAUUCUUUUUUCCAUUUUACUUGCGUUCGCGUUACAUUCGUUCCAAACAUAAUUAGAAGAGUUGGUUUAACAAGUUUGCAUUUACUAGCAAUAAGAUAUCUUUGGGUGCAGUGCUAAAGUGAAGCGUUUACGACUAAUCUGUCGUAGAUAGAAGAAGAAAGUGCAGUUUUGGUGCAACAAUUUGGAUAUCUAAGGCUGGAAAUUCUCACCAAAGGGCUUGUGUAAGAAAUUCAUCUUCCACAAUGCGCCUGUUUCCGGUUCGGAUGUCCAACAUCAACAAGAUGUUGGACUUUUAUUCCCAGUUUAACCCUUCGCCCUUGAGCAUCAAACAGUUCAUUGAUUUCGGCCUUAAUGCGUGCCCUACCAAAUCGUUCAUAUUUCUUCGGAAGGAAUUACCUGUACGACUGGCUAAUAUUAUGAAAGAAAUAACCCUGCUACCAGAGGGUUUGCUUCGAAUGCCAUCAGUAGGUCUAGUCAGUGCAUGGUACGUGAAAAGUUUCGAAGAAGUACUUGCAUUUGAGAAAAUUGACCCUUCCAAUGAGAACCUGGAAAAAUUCUGUAAAUCACUUAUAAAAAUUCGAGACCGGCAUUCAGAUGUUGUUCAAACUAUGGCGCAAGGUAUUUUGGAACUCAAGGAAUCCCGCAACGGUCUCAUCGAACCAUCAACUGAAAUAUCAAUGCAAUAUUUUUUAGACAGAUUGUACAUGUCUCGUAUUAGCAUCCGGAUGCUAAUCAACCAGCACACCAUUCUGUUUGGAGAGAUUCCGCAAUCCGGGCGACACGUGGGAUGCAUUGAUCCGUUAUGUGAUCCACAUAUGGUAGUACGUGAUGCCUAUGAAAAUGCUCGAUUUCUUUGCGACCAAUAUUAUCUAGCCAGUCCCGAACUGGAAGUGAUCGAGCAUAAUGAUCAGGAAAAAGGAAAGCCCAUCAAAAUUGUAUACGUUCCAUCACACCUGUAUCACAUGUUGUUUGAGCUGUUUAAAAACUCGAUGCGUGCCGUCAUGGAGUACCAUGGAGCCGAUUGUAGCGACAUUCCACCCAUCAAGGUGACCAUCGUGAAAGGAAAGGAGGAUAUCUGUGUCAAAAUGUCAGAUCACGGUGGAGGUAUUCCGCGAUCCCAGGUCGACCAACUGUUCAAAUACAUGUACAGCACUGCUCCACAACCGCCAAAGUCCAAGUCCGAUCUACCGCUGGUACCGUUAGCAGGUUACGGCUAUGGAUUACCAAUAUCAAGGCUCUAUGCUCGUUAUUUCCACGGAGAUCUUGUUUUAUUUUCAUGCGAAGGUUAUGGGUCAGAUGCUGUGAUAUAUUUGAAGGCACUGUCUGAUGAGGCUAAUGAACUGUUGCCCAUCUACAACAAGACGAGCUCUCGAUUCUACAAGGCUACCGUUCCUACAGGAGACUGGUCCAAUCAGAAUCAAAAAUACUACAACUCUACGAAAAUAUGAUUUACGAAGUUGACAUCAGCUUUUUAACGAUUUUAAGUUCAGCCUCAAAAUGUAUGGUGAUGUUGGGCAGGUUUUUUUUCGCAUGCAGUACCGUUACUUUUAUCUAUUGUAUCUGCUUAUCAAAUCAAUAAUUUCGGAUAGCAUUGACUGGAAAUAACUAUUAACAAACUUCACAACGUUCUUCUUCUAAUACGCCAGAACUCGGAUAUGAAUUCAAAGCAAAUGAACGCCCAACCUAGACGUAACACAACGCUUUCCAAUGGGAUUUAGGACACAAGUAAUGUUGUAGGAAAUUUUUGAACAGCAUGUUUUCGGGUUGGUUGAACGAUUUAAGCGCUUGUGAGCAUUCGAUGUUAAGGGAACGCAUCUCUAUGAAUACAAAACUGAGGCUAAUAAACUGUAUGGAUGAUGUUUAGCAUAAAACAUAUCUUCAAA